GCAAGAUGGCGGCGCCCAGCCUGCUGCGCGGGGGGCUGCGGCGGAUCUUCUCCGGGCUCCUGGGGAGCGGCUGGGCCACGCCGCCGGCCCGGGCCCUCCGCCAGGUCGUGGAGGUGACUGAAGGCAACACGACCACAAUUGAAGGGAGAAUUAUAGAGGAUGCUGAAGCACCACCUCCUCCAAACCCCUCUGGCCAGUGUCCCAUCUGUCGCUGGAACCUGAAGCAUAAGUACGAUUAUGUGGAUGUCUUGCUGCUUAGUCAGUUUAUCCGUUCAGAUGGAGGGAUGCUGCCACGAAGGGUCACAGGCCUCUGCUUGGAGGAGCACAAGAAGGUUGCUGUGUGUGUGCAGAUGGCUCACCGUGCAGGUUUGUUGCCAAACCAUAGGCCUCCACUUCCUGAAGGGCAUGUUCCCAAGAAACCCAAGCUGAACAGGUACCUGACCCGCUGGUCCGUCAGAUCUGCAAAGCCCAUUUGGAAGAGGGGCCCUAAGUGGUGCAAAAAGCCCUAUCCAGUUGGACACCCUUUGCUGAAGGAUAAUAUCAAAUAUACACAAAAGCCUCUCUGUUUAAACCACUAGUGGCCAGAACUAGCAUAGUCAGUAAGCACAUGUUGUCCACUGUUCUGCUGGGGUUUUUCUCAAGUUUGUCAAUAUCUCCAAUUUUCUUAUUCCAAAAUUGUCUUUAGUACUCUAUAUUGUGUCCAGCUGUAAUCUUUUCCUCUGGGAGAAUACAAGAGCCAUCAAAGCAAAGUUCAGUGUGCAGGAUGAUUUGAUAAAAGCAGGGGUCAAAGACUUCUACCUCAAAGCCAGAAAGGAUCUGUAGGCUUUUGUUUCUUUAUGUUCCACAAAUAGGUUUGUAAAAAAAGGAUGUUUCCUUCUCUUCCCAGCAGUGACUGGUGUUUCCCCAUUAAGGUGUGUUUCAAGUCAGAUUUGCCUCAUUUGGGCUUUUGUACCUGUGACACAGAUGGAAGAAAAAUUUCUCUGCAGCACUGUAUUUUCUCAGCAGUAACAGAAAUUGUUACUGACUACUGAAAUUAAUUUUUUUUUAUUAUUAUCAUCUAUUCUAUCCAUAAUUUUCAGCAGAACACCU